CCGGAUCUACUGGAUUUGCCUUGGCUUCAACCCGUGGUUUUCGCUUUUAGCGGGUCCAGCAGCCCAAGCCCCUCGAUCUUUGAUCUAUUCCAUCUGUUCUGCAAGCUCACAAAUCGUUUCUCAGCCCCAAGUUUAAAAGUCCUUUGCCUUGUUGCCGUCGACACUAUACUGAACAAACCACAGUAAGCUGCCAAAAUGACAAACUUUUUAACCAAGACCGUGAGUAAAACCAGCAAGAAGUUGGGCAAAACGCUGAGCAAGGCUGCCGAAAAGGGCGAGAAUCUUGUGAUUGGCAAACCACCGGGUCGAACCGCUUCUGGCCGAGAUGGUCGUGGUGUGAGCCGCCACAGCAGCGGCAAGGGCAAGAAAAGUCCCGCUCGUAGCACCAGUGGCAAGGGUAGCCGACGACGCGAACGGGUCGAAGAAGGAUCCGAUGAAGUGCACAUGUUCUGCUCGGACAUGUACACCCAUGACUUUGUCGUCGAUGCGGCCAAGCAGGUGGAAGAAGAUUCCAAUGUGACCUCGCUCAUCUUGGAAGAUCUCAUUCAGCGCAACUGCAACGACACAUCCGAAGUGAUUAUCAAUCUCAUGGCGGAUAACUUCUUCUCCAACGGCGGAAACAAAAAGGCAAACAAGGCCCAACGCAUCUGGACCAGCAUCUCCUUCAUCGACUGCAUCAGUGAUGUCGAUUCCUACAAGAACUACCUCGACCUGAAGGCCAAGUUCACCGCCAACAUGAAACGCUCAUUGGCCGCCAAGGGCAUGUCCAAGGACUUGCCCGUCAAGUUCGAGGCUAAGAUUGAAUUGCACACCAUGUUGGAUAUCUACGGUGUCAUUCAGCUCUUGCAGGCGGUGGAACGCGACGACUCGGUCAAGUCCGUCAACUUUCCUGGAUUCCGCGGAGAAGAUAAAGAUGUCGUCGAGGCAUUUAGCAAAUUUGCCGACACGGAAACCAUGGAGUGGAAGGAGACUGUCGGAAUCUUGGUCAAAUACCGACGAAAUGGACCCAAGAAUUACAAGGGCGCCAAGAACCCCAACACGAUCGUCGUCGGAGACUUGGCCAAGGCGUUGCAAUGUGCCAUGUUCUCGGGAUCCUCGGCCGAUUUGAAUUUCGAAGAGGAGUCUGGCGACUUUGCUGCCCCAUCGUUCCUGGCCAAGCCUGGAAUGAAGGACGAAUCGGUUACCGAAGUGUCCUUGUUUGACUCACCGGAAGGCGACCUCCGUGUACGAAAAAUGCGAUCGGGCAGCCCCCAGGAAGUCUCGUGGAUGAGAUCCUCGGCCACGCGAGCUUAGGCGAAAGAGAAUCUCUGGAUGACAAUGACAACGGCGGUAUUUUGCUCGUCGGUCAGUGAGCCAUCACCUGGCUUGCAUUACAUUUAUUUUCGGUCGGUACUAGCCGACUAACCAAACAAUCUGCUGCGUUUGUAACGCCAAGCAAGGUUGUAUUCGGUGGUACCGUACGUUUCGCAUUGCAUGGAUUAACCGUGCAACCAUAGCUACAAGCUUUCAAAAAGGCUGUGAAAGAGGCACCAAAGAGCAACAAAACACAAGCGAGCUCAUACAUUUUAAAAAUACUAAUGCAUGUUACAGAAUUU